CGGCUGCGUGCUCGCGCCGCUGCGGAGCGGGGCUCUACGCGCUGAGCGACGGGGCGUGCUCGGCCGCCGCUGUGCCCCGAGCGCGGGGCGCCUGCCCCCCGCCUUCCUCCUGCGUCGGUGCGGCCGAGGCGAGGUAUUCCUUCAUAACUGUUCGUAUCCAGGACAGAGCGUGCAAUGGGCAGAAAACUGGAUCUUUCUGGCUUGACUGAUGAAGAAGCAGAGCAUGUGCUUCAGGUGGUUCAGCGAGAUUUCAGCCUUCGUAAGAAAGAAGAAGAAAGGCUGAGCGAAAUGAAGCAGAAGUUGGAUGAAGAGGGUAACAAGUGCAGCAUCCUUUCCAAGCAGCAGAAGUUCAACGAGCACUGCUGUAUUCGCUGCUGUUCACCUUUCACAUUUCUUAUCAACAGCAAGCGACAGUGUCAAGACUGCAAGUACAACAUCUGCAAGAGCUGCAGCUCUUACCAGAAGAAGGAGAAAGCUUGGAUUUGCAGUGUCUGCCAGCAAGCAAGGCUCUUAAGGACCCAGUCUCUGGAUUGGUACUAUAAUAAUGUGAAGAGCCGCUUCAAGUGUUUUGGAAGUGCCAAAGUCCUGAAGAAUUUAUACAAGAAGCAUAGACUGGAGAGUGGCGUUUGUCCUGAUGUAAUAGAAGGAGGUUGUUUUGAAGGAAGCUUUGAAAAUGAUGGAAGCAUUUGUGGCAGUGAUUCUACAUUCUACAGGCAGACAGAAGGACACAGCAUGAUGGAUACCCUUGCUGUGGCCUUACGUGUUGCUGAGGAAGCAGUGGAAGAAGCUAUUUCUAAGGCAGAGACCUACAGUGACAGCCUGGACAAACAGAACGAGGCUUGUUACUUGCAAGAACACAAGGAGGAUCUCAUAGAAGAGCUGGCCACAACCAUUGUGCAGAAGAUUAUAAAGAAGCAGAAAGGCAAAACUGAGCAGGCUGAGGCUGACUUCGAAUGGCCACCAUCCAGAAGCAGUGGCCUGGCAUCCGUUGCUGUUUCAGAUCAGAGCAUGCUGACCUUUCCUGGGAGUCGCAGGGGGUCAUACACACUGUGGAGGUCUCAGUCAGCAUUCUCCCUGGCUAGUGAAGAUACACCCAGCAAAGGACUGGACCCUGCAUCGUCUGUCACCGAGGCUCUUUGGAGACAGCAGAAAGGACAAUUCAAGAAGCAGAAGGAACGCAAGCUCUCUGCAUUACCCAGCUGGAAAAGUGUGGACAGGCUAAAUGAAACAAAUCCGCCUCCCGUUUUACAAAGCACUGAUGGAAACUGGGUAGCUCUGCAGAAUGUUUCUUUGCCUCGCCCUCGGAUGCUCGCCAAACCAAAGAGUCAAGUAUUUGAAGCUUUGGAGAAUGAAUCCAGCGUUGUGUCUGCAUAUGACGAGAUGGGCUCAGACAGCGAGGAUGAUUACGACUGGAAUGUGGCCUUGAACAAGCUGCGGCGGAGGCCUCGGCAAUUACCGGAUGAUUUCUAUUGUACCAACUCCCAGUAUGAUUCUGAAUGGGUUUAUGGCAAUGAUCAGUACCAGGCAGUCACCUCACCUUCCUCUGGGUUAUACACCAAUACUGAGACGCUGUUCUCUGAUUCUGAAACAUCGUCGGUAAACUCUUCCCAGGAAGCUAAAAGACCUAGCAAACUUCUCUGGUUACAAAGCAGAACUCAGAGCGAUGUGCCCAGAAUGGAAAAAAAACAUUUCCAUGGAGAACUGGAUGUGAACUUCAACCCACAGGCAACCAGCCUGGAGUAUUCAGAUAGCAGUGAGACUGAAGAAGUUCAGUAUGAUUUAGAAAAGAGAUCAAGAAGAUGGAAAAAGAACAAAACGAUCUCUGAAGAAUUAUCUGAAGGAAAAAAUCACACAAAAGCCAACAUGAAGAAUUUAAGACAGGAUUUGGAUGAUUUAUCAGAAACAGAUAGAAGCAGUGAGGAUCAACAUCAGAAUAUCAAGCCUGAACUUAUGGAAGAGGAGCUUAAAUCCAGGUUAUUUCAGCUUGCUGCUAAAAUGAGUGACAAAGAAACAUCUUCUGGUGAAGAACAAGAGUCUGAACCUAGAACAGACCCUGAAAACCAGAAGGAAAGUUUGUCCUCAGAAGAAAAUGGCAAAAGCAUUCAGGAGGAGUUAAAGAAGAAGUACUCUGCUGUCUCUCUCUGCAACAUAUCUACAGAGGUCCUGAAAGUUAUCAAUGCCACUGAAGAGCUGAUAGCAGAAUCCACCGGUCCCUGUGAUUUCCCAGAUGAUGUUCAGGACAAGGGAAGAGGUUCAUUCCCACUGGGGACCGACCCCAUCAGACUUGAUGAGCAGCUCACCACACUGGAAGAAAAUGUGUACCUGACGGCCAGCACAGUGUAUGGCCUGGAGGGGCAGCUGACCAGCCUGGAGGAUGCAGCACGGCAAAUCAGCAGCGUGACAGCAGAAUCGGAGCUGGCUGAGCUGGAGGACCAGGUGGCCACUGCAGCUGCCCAGGUGCAUCAUGCAGAGCUGCAGAUUUCAGAUAUUGAGAGCAGAAUAUCAGCUCUCACUGUUGCAGGCUUGAACGUGGCUCCAUGUGUUCACCUGACAAGGAAACGGGAUCAAAAGCAAACAAACCAGAUGCAUACUAUUGACACCUCAAGACAGCAGAGGAGGAAACUUCCAGCUCCACCAAUAAAAGGUGAAAAAAUAGAUGGGUCUCCAAUUACCACUGUCAGAACAUUUAACAGAAACUUCAUGCUUCAAGGAUCUCUAACACAAAGAACUAAAGAGAGGAAAAGCACUGCCAAGGACUUACUGGAACCUGCUAUAGGAUCUGCUGUGAUGUACUAAACUUUGACUUGUCUACUGCCAAUAACACACUGCCUAAGGCUGUACACUAGAGUGCCUUUACUUAACAGCCAUUGUGUAUGUCCAGCUGAAAAUGGACCCUCAAGAACCCACAAUGCCUCAGUUAUAGGGCUUUGUUUGGAUACCUCACUGAGAAAGCUGUCCAAGUCUUCAGCAUUGUGGUCUGCUAAAGGAAACUCUGCCUUAAAGUUCUCACAAGACUCUGGAAGGGACGCUGAGUUUCAAAAGCAAGGCUCCACAUUUUAAGAUGCACUUUUUCUCCCCAUUGAUUGUACUAAAGUAUGUCGUCUUUAAACUGCAGUAUGUUUUUGUACUCUCAGUCAAUCACAAUUACAGGCCAAUAUUUCAUACCGAAAGAGUGAACAAAGCAGACCUGUGAUCCACAUUUGCUGGCCUCUUAUAUAUGUAGGCAUCUGUCUUGUCGAGCAAUAAGAACAACUCUGUGCAGUGUAUGCUGCUUUUAGCUGCUUGGUGAGAGUGGAGGAUCUGUGUAUCUAACUGCUCCCCCGGAGCCAGAGGAGGUUUUGACAAGGCAGGUGGGAGGAGAUGCGAUGUGCAAAGACUUCUCUGUUCGCUCAGAGUACCUUUGACAGAGUUCUAGCUCCAGGGCUCUGUGUUCUGCUGUCGGAGAUGGGGGGGAGCGUGGAUGUCAUGAUGAGCCAUGAAUUGGUGGUACGCAGCACAUGUGGACCAGAUGUCUGCUGGGUUACAGUCCUGGCAUCUGGACACAUCUGAGUACUGUUGUGAAACCACCACCUUUGUCUGUCUCGUUCUUCUUGGUAUCAUUGUCCGCUUGGUGAUGUCCAACCACUCUGUAGUUCAGAAUCUGUUCUGACCAAGUCUUUAAGAUUGGAGAAAGAAAGUAAAAGCGCCGUGGGUGAGAUCUCUGCUGACUCACUGGUGGCUGUGAGGUGGCUGCAACCUGUAAGAGAUUCCCUUCUGCCACUUGCUGUCUUUUCUGAGGAGGAGAUGAAUGUAGCCCAGAUGUCUUUUCCUUCACCCAUCCGUAACCAAUUUGGUGUAGUACCUAGGGCCUGUCACUGGUGCUCACUACAAAUGGACCACUCUGAAUUGGACUGUGAGUCACCAGAUGUCUUCUUUCCUUUCCUGAGACCCCAGAAAUUUGCACCAAACCCUGGAAAGCCUUUGAACAGAUGCCCAUGAGGGAAGAUGCUGCUUACAAGCUGUCCCUCUCACCCUUUCUGGGAAGGGCCGUGCCAAUUUGCAGUGCUUUUUGUUCUGGGUUGUACAAAGGAAUUUGUUAGAGAAGGUAAGUGUGAGGCCGGUGAAUCUUUUGUAUGCCACACAAUGCAGUGCAAGUAUAUGCAGAUAUAUGCACACAUAUGCAGACUGGGCAGAUGGGAGGCAUGCUGUGAAGGAGGACAUGAACUGCUAAGAUCCCCCACAGCUGAAGGGUCAGAGGACACCUCCCUGAAGUGUCUCUGUCCUUUGCUGGUACCUACAGAGCAAAACCUAACGCUCGGAGUAUAGCAGGGCGUAGGAGGCAGGGGAGGCUGGUAAGGAAGGGCUGGAUGGGCAGGCUGGGGAAACAGCUCCAGUCACGUAUCCACCUUGAGUAUUUGAAGCUGAGCCCGUCAGCGUGCUGCUGUCCAGCCGUACGUAGGGACAUGUCACAAUAUCUACAGCCAUCUUCCUUCCUUGGAGGCAGAAGUGUUGCUCCAUCUCUCCCAUGAAUUUCCAUCUGCCGAAAUGUGGCUCGAUGUGUUUAUUCUGGGUGAAAUUACGCCUUCUCUUACUCUCACACAAUACCAGUUCUCCAGAACUGGUUUGCAUAGAUGUGAGGGCAGAAUUUGGCCCGCUCUGUUUAAUAUAUAAGUAUAUAUAUAACAAUAGACUUUAUUUAUAUAUGCAAUCCAUAAAGGAGAUUAAACAGAGUAGGAUGCCUAGGAAUUUUCUGUUAUGCAGUCUCCUCCUCCUCCCUUGACUGUUCUCGUGUAUGUAUACAACACAUUCCCAGGUUCUGGUUAACGCAGGUAUGUGUGUUAUGAGAUGUCAUUACUGGUGGUUGGUCUACAUAUUCGUCUAAUAAUAAUAACCAAUAUUGUGUAUGAUGCAGAAAUGACUAAUUUUAAUAGAAUAACUCUUUGGCUUUUGUUCUGUUAGCGUGAUUUAAACAAGCCAACAAAGUUUGGAAUAGGUUGUUUUCUUUAAGAGGCAUGAAAAACAACUAUUAUCGUGUUACAAUGUUAAAAUAUUCAGUCUUCUUUGACAGAAAAAUGUGUACUGUGUAGGCAUUGCAAAAAAAAAAAAAAGAAAAAAAGAAAAAAAAUCCCACCUGCUACAUGGCAUUUGAAUUUUUACAACUGUUUAUUGUGCCAAAUAUGUGCAAAGAUAUAAUUUACUGUUUUAAAAAAAUCAUGAAAGCAUACGUUAUAGCACACAAAGGAUUAUUUUGUCAUCAAGUGAUUUCAAUCUUUAGUGUUAAUAUUUAUAUUUAGAUUAAUUUUUAUAAAUGAAAAUAUUUUAACAGGUAAAAUGAAGGCGAUAUGAUCAAUUUGAUUGAGUCUGAGUGGAUAUUAAGCUUGCCUUGUUGUUGUUAUCUGCAUACUCACCAAGAAUUAUUGUCAAGAGAAAUUAUAAAAGAGUAAAAACAAUUUAUGAAAAAAAUGCCUUUCCAAGGACUUGAUUCAUAAAGAAAACACAAAAGCUCUCCUCUGUAGUGUGGAUCUGUGUGGCCUUUGGUCAGGAAACACUCUGCCCACACUGCUGCAUCACAAACAACCAUUCUCAGUUAAAUGCAAAUGGGCAACCCAAAGUCCUCUUGCUCGGCUGAAGGGAGAAAUAACCCCUACCACCUCCAGGUCAGGUCAUUUUCCAGGGAGGUGGAGCAUCCGUACCUUACUGACAGAGCACUCACAAACAGAAACAAGAGUUGAAUUACCUGCUAUAAUUAAUGCAAUCUUUAUUAAAUUUUAGUAGUGAUUCUAACAAAGCACGACUAGGAAUGCGAGUUCAU